GCAUCACAAGAUCCAGUAAUGGCGGUGGAGUUGAGUUGAGGUCUUUGCUUGAUUUGUUGCAGACGGAUUAUACUCUGUUUUUCUUUCUUUUCAAGAUCAGCUUCCUCUGCUUGCAACUUGUUCAAAUGGGUUUAGUUCGGACACCCAGUAUGAGAAGUGGGGACUACUUGGAAGGGAUGAUCAAUGAUUAUAUGGGUGGAAAACCCAAAACGAAAGUUCACAGAAGUGGCACUGCCCGUCUUGUCACUCUCCUCACCUGUCUUCAAUUUGCAUUUGCAGUCUAUGCCACCUUUCUUCUAUACUACAUGGGCCCUGCUAUAGAUUUAAGAUCAAAACCAGAUUUCUCCUGGGCUACCCGGAUCGCCAAACAAUGGAAACAGUUCAUCAUCCCACCUCACAUCGUUGGACACUACCAACAAGCUUCUUCCCUCAUUGCAGCUGAACUUCCUCCAAUAUCACCAUCUGAGGUCUGCGAGCAUGAAAAGAUCGAUUUCUUGCAGAAGAAAUCAAAUGAUAUCCAGAUGAUCAAGCUAAAGAGAGAGCUCUAUGAUGAGGUGGUGGAAUUCCAACGCAAGUCAUUUGGGACUGAGACCCUUUCAGAGCUUAUGACAAUGAGCUCAAAGUGGGAUUUACGGGGCCCAAAUAAACCAAGAAUCACUGUGAUUUUAAACCAUUUCAAAAGAAAAACACUCUGCUCUCAGAUUGAUUUACUACUUCAACAGACCCUUCCCUUCCACAAUGUCUGGGUGCUGUCAUUUGGAAGCCCGAAUGAGCUCUCCCUAAAGAGGAUUGUCGAUAGUUAUAAUGAUUCAAGGAUUAGCUUCAUUAGUUCAAGCUACGAUUUCAAGUAUUAUGGAAGAUUCCAAAUGGCACUGCAAACAGAAGCUGAUCUUGUAUACAUCCUUGACGAUGACAUGAUACCUGGUAAGAAGAUGCUACAGAUACUAUCCCAUGUGGCAGGGACGGAGAAGUAUAAAAACUCAGUGUUGGGCAGUAUAGGGAGAAUCCUGCCUUUCAGGCAGAAGGAUUAUACAUUUCCAAGCUAUAGAAAGUUUCGAUCAAAGGAAGCAGGACUAUAUUUGCCCGACCCUGCUUAUGAUAUCACAGUUGACAAGAUUGUGCAAGUGGAUUUUCUCUCUAGCUCAUGGUUUUUAUCAGCCGAGUUGGUUAAGACACUUUUCACUGAGACACCCUUCACCUUCAUGACCGGUGAAGAUCUGCAUCUAAGCUAUCAGCUUCAAAAAUACAGAAACGCAGGAUCUUUUGUGCUUCCUGUGGACUCAAACGAUAAGGAUACCUGGGGAGACAGUGAACACAGGCUUGCUUAUGUGUCUGAGACCACAGUAAUAUUCAAGGAUAUUGUUCAAGUCCGUGAUGAUCAAUGGUGGCAAGCCCUCUCUACAGGUUAUCUGACUCAAUGGGCUGUAAUGUAUCCUCAAAAAAUAGAUGCGCUCUUCUAUGCCCACUCACUGGAAGAAGUGAAAGCACUUGCACCUCUGGUUGAAAAAUUCAGGUCUACUGUUGGGAAGAAGGCUUACAUUGCUGUAUCCGGAGGCAGUUAUUGCCCUUGUGAAGAAGCUGCAGCUGCUCUGAACUGGCCCAAAUCAGUUUGCAGAGAGAGGAGAUUCAAGAUUUUUGAUUUGGGAAUUGGAGCUGUUUCAGGUUCUUCGGAUUCAGAAGUACCCGUCCUGCAAGCCGUGUACUCAAGCAUGAAAGGGUUGAUUACAAUACACAACCCUAGUGUGUUGAUCACCGUAUCUGAUAUUGAUACAAAUGUGAAAAAAGCUCUGAAAAUGGCCUCAGAGACUAAUCCAAACUGUUCGACACUGAUACUUCUACCAAGGUCAUCUGUACCCAAGGUUCUCUGGAUGGCUGAUCUACGACAAACAGCAUUACCAAACUGGAACCGGAUGAGGAUCUCAGUGAAUCUCAUAACCCAAAACCGCGCUACUUCUCUUAGGAGGCUUCUCAAAUCUUUGAGUGAUGCUUACUACUGUGGGGAUGAUAUCUCUAUUAGCUUUAACAUGGACAGUAAGGUGGAUGAAGAGACUGUGAAGCUUGUGAACACAUUCCAAUGGCCCCAUGGUACCAAAACCCUCAGAAGAAGAAUCAUUCAAGGAGGGCUUAUUAGAGCUGUCAGUGAGAGCUGGUACCCAUCAUCCGAUGAUGACUUUGGUCUUCUACUUGAAGAUGAUAUUGAGGUCUCUCCAUACUACUAUCUGUGGAUCAAAUAUGCCCUAUUAGCUUAUCACUAUGAUCCACAAGUCUCCCUCCCCGAGCUCUCCUCCAUCUCUCUCUACACGCCAAGAUUGGUUGAAGUAGUGAAAGAGAGGCCUAAAUGGAAUGCAACUGAGUUUUUCAAGCGUAUCCAUCCAAACACUCCUUACCUCCAUCAGUUACCUUGCAGUUGGGGAGCAGUUUUCUUCCCCAAACAAUGGAGAGAAUUCUAUGUUUACAUGAACAUGAGGUUCACAGAAAAUGCUAAGCAAAACCCAGUUCAAAUUCCUAAAUCUAGAACUAAUGGGUGGCAAGCUUCAUGGAAGAAGUUCCUGAUCGAUAUGAUGUACCUCAGAGGGUAUGUUAGUCUCUAUCCAAACUUCCCCAAUCAGGCAAGUUUUUCAACCAACCAUAUGGAACCUGGGGCACACAUUAGUGCCAAGGACAAUGUUGUUAGGCAUGACAAGACAGAUUUUGAAGUUCCACUGUUAAAGGAUGACUUCCGGGGGUUCUUGCCUGGGGGGAAGUUGCCUCCUGCAUCAAAGUUGCCAUCACUGAAUCUAUUCAACCAAGCAGUUUCCCUAAGGGGGUUGAAGGCAGCCGGAGCGAAGUUGGGGCAGGAUGUGAUUGGAUGCAACAACAUUACAGAGCUUGUCAGUGUUGAUCAUGUAACUGGUCUGCCAAGCCACUGUGCAAAAUUCUGAUUUUUUAAUUGUUGUUAUAAGUUAUCAUUCUUUGUUUUUUUAAC